AACCAACUAUAGAGAGGUGACCCACAACACAAGCACUGGAAACAUAACCCGUGAAAAGAUCCCCUUUGGCACAGAAAUUGAAGGUAUGAACAUUUUAGGAUUGGUCCUUUUUGCCCUGGUGUUAGGAGUGGCCCUGAAGAAACUCGGCUCUGAAGGAGAAGAGCUCAUUCGUUUUUUCAAUGCCCUCAAUGAGGCGACGAUGGUGCUGGUGUCAUGGAUUAUGUGGUACGUACCUGUGGGCAUCAUGUUCCUGGUUGGAAGCAAGAUUGUGGAAAUGAAGGACAUCAUCGUGCUGGUGACCAGCCUGGGGAAAUAUAUCUUCACAUCCAUAUUGGGCCAUUUUAUUCACGGAGGAAUUGUUCUGCCACUUAUUUAUUUUGUCUUCACGAGAAAAAACCCAUUCAAGUUCCUCCUGGGCCUCCUCACACCAUUUGCAACAGCAUUUGCCACCUGCUCCAGCUCUGCAACCCUUCCCUCUAUGAUAAAGUGCAUUGAAGAAAACAAUGGUGUAGACAAGAGGAUCGGCAGGUUCAUCCUCCCCAUCGGGGCCACUGUGAACAUGGACGGCGCAGCCAUCUUCCAGUGUGUGGCCGCAGUGUUCAUUGCCCAGCUCAACAACGUGGAGCUGAAAGCAGGACAGAUUUUCACCAUUCUAGUGACAGCCACAGCGUCCAGUGUUGGAGCAGCGGGUGUGCCAGCUGGAGGGGUCCUCACCAUCGCCAUUAUCCUGGAGGCCAUUGGGCUGCCCACUCAUGACCUCUCUCUGAUCCUGGCUGUGGACUGGAUUGUGGACCGCACCACCACCGUGGUGAACGUGGAGGGCGAUGCCCUGGGUGCAGGCAUCCUCCACCACCUGAAUCAGAAGGCGACGAAGAGAGGCGAGCAGGAACUGAGCGAGGUCAAAGUGGAGGCCGUCCCCAACUGCAAGUCGGAGGAGGAGACGUCACCCCUGGUGACACACCCAAACCCCACCGGCCGUGCGGCCAGCACCCCCGAGUCCAAGGAGUCAGUUCUGUGAUGGGGCUGGGCUUCCAGCUUGCCUGCCGGGGAUGCCCGCCCCAUUGGUCCGGUCGGCAGACCCGGGCACCGCCUUCACUGACUUUUAGCCUCCCGUGCAAUGCUUUGGCCCAGUCACCGGUUUGAGGAUUACUUCUUAGCACAGGCAUUGGGCUUCCCAGCGGGAACUGGUUCCCAAGGACCAGGACACUCUGCCAUUUGGCUUACCAUGUCUGGGUGCAACUGUGGACACCCCGGCUUUGUUUGGAAACACACCCUUGAGCUGCCGGGUGCGGGGAGUAACAGGCUCACAGGACCUGGUGGUUAAAGCUUGGAAAAUGCACAUGUUACUUCACUGCACCCAGGAAAGCUCAGCAUUGGGUGCUUUCCAGGCAGACCUGGAUGGGUGGCAGUCCUCUGUCGCAUUGCCUCAUGAGCCAUAGUAAUUGGAAAAAUUCCCAAAUUCAUAACCGUGGCUGGAAUUCGCUGAGCUGGGCCUCAGGUGUUGAGUCUACAAAUCGGCGUGACUGGCUUCUGGGUCACUAGGCUGGAGGCGCUGCAGGUCGUCGAGUUAGAAAUACUCCGUGGUGUUAGCACUGCCAGGGUCUCUGGUCAGUGGCACUAAGUAAACAAUUACAUUCUGAAGUCAGAGAAAGGAGGGGGAGUACAGGCUGCAGGGGGAAGGGAAGCAGCUUGAUCAAGCCAGGAUGGACACACACACACACACACACACACACAUACAUACACACACACACAUACACACACACACAGACACACACAGACACACACAGACACACACACACUAAUGUCCCCAUUCUGGCAAGGGAAGCAGCCUGAUCAGGCCAGGACGGACGGACACACACACACACACA